AUGGAUCCGCGGAGGCCAUUGAGCCCCAAAGGAUCGCGAGGGGUUGCCAGUCCCGGCGGCUUCGGAUCUCCUGCCGCCCUCGCUCUUAACGAUGUGGAUACCACUGUCAUGGCCUACGCCCAAUGGCUGUCGGAGUUGCAGCAGCAGGCGAGCCAAUCGCGCAACAGCCAGCGUGCUGAGCUCGAUGUCCUGCGAGACUCGAUUGCGGCACAGGGUGGCGAACUGGCUGAGUUCAAGCGUCAUAGCAUGACGGUGGUCCAGCAUCUGCAGAACCAGGAAGUUUGGAAGGACGGCUUGUGCAUCAAGGAGCAUCUUACGCCAGUUGCCGAUGAUAUGGUCGAUCGUGGGUGGUUGAGGACCUACAAACUCAAGGGCACGGGUACAGCACUGAUCACUCCAGGUCUUCCGAAGGCAUUCUCGCGGGAGAAUGCCGAUGCGCAGCAGGCAAAACGAGAUGUCAUCUUUCAUUAUCAGGUAGAUAACACUGAAGAUGAUGCUCGCGACAAUUUCACCAUUCCACAGGAAGCCAUUCCUGCUUUCCUUGCACACAACGGCAUUGAGGUUAUUGGCUCCCAACAGCUCCGAGCUUGCAUUCAGAGACACUUGAAGGGAACGAUGUCACUGCUCCAGUGCCGGGUUGUCGGAGAAUAUUCUUUGUCAAAGUAUCGUCAUGGAAUGAUGCUUUCGGCAGUGGACACCAUCGGCGUGCUGAAACCGGGCGAUGUUGCACUCUUCCUGAAAAUGGAUCUGAAUUAUGCGGACGAGUAUCUCACGGACCCGACAAGAUUCACGGACCGCCUCAAACACGAAAUUAUGGAAGCAGUGUUCACGCAGAAUCUCCCAGACUUGCCGGAAUCCUCCAGAAAAUUCCUGGAGAAUCUCAAGCCAGUCCUUGCUCAGCACAUUCACAUACGAGCAGUCUCGCAAGGAUCCAUUGAAGUGAUAUGGAUUGCUUCCGGAGCCUUCUUCAUUUGUUUUGCCUUCGUUGCAGCUUUGUUGCUCGGCAGGGACUUCAAGGUCAGCGGCGGCAUUGCCGGUGUAGCAGAUGCAGACCUUGAGGCGUGUGCCCAGCCACGGGUUCAGAUGGCUCGGACCGUGUCGCUUCGCGUCCAGCCAGAUGGUAGCUAUCGGAUUACCGGUACCUAUUACACUGAUGCGCCCGCAGGUCGGUGUGCAAUUCUUUGA